AUGGCCAAAGCUUUCUUCAGGCUACAGAAGAUUCUCCGUCGGACCCAGUUUCUGCUCUUCUUCCUCACAGCAGCUUACCUGAUGGCUGGCAGCCUCCUGCUGCUACAGCGGACCCGCUUGGUUAUCCAGCAAGGUUCACGUGGGACCUCUGCUAAUCAGGCCCUGCCAAUGCCGGACGGGAUGGCUGGGAUUGGGAUCGUAGACCCCAGGACGCUGCAAAACUCCCGCCCCAGUCCCAGGCUGCUGGUGGGCAUGGAUGCGCUGCAGGAGCCGGCCCUGGACCAGCAGCACAGCCCGCGGUGGCUCGUGUCCCGCAACUCGGAGCUCAGGCAGUUGAGAAGAAGGUGGUUUCACAGGUUCAUCAGUGAUCAGGAGCCCAUGCAAACAGCAGGAUUUAAAGGGAUGAAGCACACUGCUGAGCACAAAGGCACCUACAUGGGAUGCUUCAGUGAUGAUUCAAGGGAAAGGACACUGAAGGGAGCUGUGUUUUAUGACUUAAGAAAAAUGACAGUAUCUCACUGUCAGGAAGCUUGUGCUGAGAGGGCUUACACCUAUGCGGGCCUGGCGUACGGAGCAGAGUGCUACUGCGGGAACAAGCUGCCAGCCACCGCCUCGAAGCCCGAGGAGUGCAACAGCGAGUGCAAGGGGGAGAAGGGCUCCGUCUGCGGAGGGGUGAACCGGCUCUCUGUCUACAGGGUGGAGGAGCUGCGGGCAGGAGCGAGAAGACGGAGGAAUGUUAUCUAUCGAGGAUGUUUUAGAGCUCCAGAAAAUUUAACAGACACCUUUCCAGCCUCUUUGAUACAGCCCAAUUUGACGGUGGAGAUGUGCUCUGAAUUUUGCUCCAAGAAAGAGUUUCCCUUGGCAGUCGUCCGAGGGCGGGAGUGCUACUGCGGCUACCCCACUGGGCGCUUCUCGCUGCGCGACGGCGCAGAUAGGCUGCUCUGCAGCGGGAUGCACAACACCAGCAGUGCUGCCGAGGGAAAAUACUGCCUGGUCUAUCAGACACCGGUGCAAGACACCCGCUGUACGGACAGGAAAUUCUUAACCACCAAAUCCAAAGUGUUCGUUGCUCUGUCAAGCUUUCCUGGGGCUGGGAAUACGUGGGCUCGCCAUUUGAUAGAGCAUGCCACAGGAUACUACACAGGAAGCUAUUACUUCGAUGGAGCCCUCUACAACAAAGGUUUUAAAGGAGAAAAAGACCACUGGAGAAGUAGAAGGACCAUCUGUGUGAAAACACAUGAAAGUGGCAAGACAGAGAUUGAAAUGUUCGACUCGGCAAUCCUGUUGAUAAGGAACCCAUACAAAUCACUGAUGGCGGAGUUCAACAGGAAAUACGCCGGGCACCUGGGGUACGCCACCGACCGCAACUGGAAGAGCAAAGAGUGGCCAGACUUUGUGAACAGCUAUGCCUCCUGGUGGGCCUCCCAUGUCCUGGACUGGCUGAAGUACGGGAAGCGCCUGCUCGUUGUCCACUAUGAGGACCUGAAGCAGAGCCUCAUCCCCAAGCUGAAGGAAAUGGUGGAGUUUCUGAAUAUGACCGUGACAGAGGACCGACUGCUCUGUGUCGAGAACAACAGGGAUGGGAAUUUCAAGCGGUCUGGUGCUAAGCAAAAGGAUUUUGAGCCAUUCACCCAGGAAAUGAAAGAUCUUAUCAACAGAUACAUCUUGACAGUGGAUGAAGCCCUGAGGGGGAGAAACUUCACAGGGCUGCCCAGAGAGUAUGUGCCAAGAUGAUAGCCUGGUAGCACUCUGCUGUGUUUAAAAAUAAAAGUAUUUUUUUCUUAAAAAAAAAAAAAGCAACCAAAAAAAAA